AUGGCUCCCGCCUCAAAGCGGGGCGCCAAGGGCACCAAAUGGAACAGAGACCCGCAGCUCGGGGACCUCGUCCUCGCCAAGGUCAAGGGCUACCCUUUCUGGCCAGCCAAGGUGAGCAGGCCGGAGGAUUGGAAUCAGGAGCCCACUCCGCGCAAGUUCUUUGUCCUCUUCUUUGGCACCAAAGAGAUUGCUUUUGUAAGCUUGCAAGAUCUCCAGCUAUUUACAGAAGAGGUGAAGAAUGACUUGGUAAAUCAAGCUCGAGAGAAAAGAUUUCCGAAAAGACAUGCGAAAGGUCUUGAAGAAGCCUUGGUGGAGAUAUGCAAGGCCUAUGACGAGCUGCCAAAAUCAUCUGAAACUGCCAAUGAUGUGUUGCCUGAUCGAACUCUUGAUAUGAGUGAAAAACCUACAGAAUCCCUUGUAAAGCCACCUGAUAAUGGUGAGACUCCAAGAGUGGAUCAAAUGGAAGUUGAUAGUUCUGUGGACAACUUGAAUACUUUAAGGCACGGUUCAGGAACCGAGGAGAAUGUGAAAGAUGGUGGUCAUGACAGAAAGGAUAUUGUUCCAGCAGUUAUUAAUAGGAAAAAACCUGUAGAAAAGGAUUCUGACCAUCCCAAGAAAAAGAAGCCUGUCACAUCGAAGUCAGCUACCAACAUGCACCUUGAACAAAUGGAAGUUGAUAGUUCUGUGGACAACUUGAAUAAUUUAAGGCACGGUUCAGGAACUGAGGAGAACGUGAAAGAUGGUGGUCAUGACAGAAAGGAUACUUUUCCAACAGUUACUAAUAGGAAAAAAUCUGUAGAAAAGAAUUCUGACCAUCCCAAGAAAAAGAAGCCUGUCACAUCGAAGUCAGCUAUCAACAUGCACCUUGAACAAGCACGCUCACCAACCUCUCUGUUCUCAGGAAGAGAGACUGAAGACCAGAAAGUUGGGAAAGAGGGCCAUCCAACUGAAGGUAUGCUUUUGGACCCUACUGUAGAGAUAGUUUGUGCCCUUGAAGUGCCAAAGAAAGAAAAACCCAAGAUGCAGUUGAAGACUGCUGACAGGGAGGAAAACAAGCAUGUCGAUGGCACUGGUAUUUCUGGGAGGACUACUCCUGAGGCUCUACCUGGUACUGUACCAACCAAUAGUGCUGACAAAGAGAGCGGAGGAUUUAAAAAGCUGAAACCGAUGAAACAAUCACUUAUGGACAAAUCACAGAGAAGGUGCCCUGACAAAGUAAUGCUUGACAAGCCUAACAAGCAGUUGACUGUAAAAUCACCUGUUGUCUUGUCUUCCAAUAAGAAAUCUCUACCUGGUAGUGGUCAGCACAAGCUGGAGGGUAGCACUGAUAUGCGUCCGGCAAAGAGGCCAAAACUAGUAGACAGAGCCAAUGAAACAGUUAAGACAGGGGCAAAGAGUGAACUUAGGUUACCUGUUGAUAAUGGAAAGGAUAAUUCUGUGAAAAAUGAGAAAUCCACUUCCGUGGGAGCCAGAAACAACACAUUUCCCGAGACUGUAACCACUGAUGGUAGGACACGGAAAUCAGGUGUAGUUGUAUCACCCCUACCAAGGCCGCAUUCUGAGCGAAUGGAACAGGCACCUGGUUCUGCAACCAAGUUAACUGGUUUUGAUACUGCUAAGAAGGGCUCCAGCAUGAGGGAGGAUGGCCCACGUGUUGGUAGGCCAUUGGCACAACCCAGGAGAAGAGCAUGUCGUUUCGAUGAUGAUGAGGAGGAAGAACAACGUACCCCACCUCAUAAAACUGUGGCCAAAUCAAUCUCCACUCAUGUAACCCCAACAGACAAGACCCAUCAGACAGGUAUUCGGGGGAUUCCUUCAUCACAAGUUGGCAAUGUUUCUGCAAAAAAAUCUGGUUUGGCAAGAGAAGAGAAACCCAGAAGUGUUGGGAGGUCACCUGUGAAGCAUGAGCCAAUUUAUUCACCAAGUCAAGGUAAAGUGCACGCUAGACCACAAAUGACUGGGCGAAAAUCGGCCACUAUCUCAGUUGACACUUCUUCUGCUUUGGGUAACAAGAUUAACCCGGCAGAUCGCAAAUCCUCCGACCAAUUAAAAAAUCCAGGAUCAUCUGAAGUGAAGAAACCGCAAGGUAGUUCUUCUAAAGUAGUGCAGCAGACAUCUGGGAACUCCCACUCUCAAAGCCAUGCUACCUUAGAAAAGAAUGUACUUCUGUCUAAAUCAGAAAAUGCCAAGGUUAAAGCUAAGCCCAGCACACAGAUAGCUAUGACUGCCGAGAAUAAGUUAAGUGCCACUUUGUCAGAUGAACGAAGCGGGAAGCUGGAUCACUCUAAAGAGGACAGAUCAAAUUUUGUUGAUAAAGCAGAUUUUGCUGAGUCUAAUGCUGACUCUGACAAGUCAAUUAAGCGUCUUAUUGCAGCUGCUCAAGCAAAGAGAAACCAUCUUGCUUCUGGUCAAGGAAAUUCUGAUGGCUCUUCUGCAGAUAAUGCUGUUCUUGCUUCCGCAGCGUAUGGCUUGCCUGGACUAAGUCCUAGUCCUGUCUUUCACAUUCCGUCUGCAUCAAGAAAUGCUAUUUCAGAGGGUGACAUCAUGCAAUCUCAAGAUUCCAUCUGUGAACCUGGUCAUCGAGUUGAUCUGAAAAAGCCAGCAGAAACUGACCAUGAACAUGAAAAGAGUCCAAAACCUAAGCAAUCCAGCGGUUCACUGGGUGGUGGUACUGAUGCAGCAAUUGCACGUGAUGCCCUGGAGGGAAUGAUAGAGACUCUGUCGAGGACAAAGGAUAGUAUAGGUCGUGCUACACGUCAUGCAAUCGAGUGCUCGAAACAUGGCAUUGCUGAAGAGAUUGUUGAGCUUCUCAUAAGGAAAAUCGAGAAUGAGCCCAAUUUACAUCGCAAGGUUGAUCUCCUUUUUCUGUUAGACUCCAUAACACAGUGUUCUCACUCUCAGAAAGGCGUUGCUGGGGCUUCAUAUGUUCCCACUGUUCAAGCUGCAUUACCUCGUCUUUUGAGUGCUGCUGCUCCACCUGUAGCUGGUGCUCGUGAAAACCGACGCCAGUGCCUCAAAGUUUUAAGAUUGUGGCUAGAGAGAAAGAUUAUGCCAGAAAAUGUACUGCGAAAAUACAUGAAUGACAUAGAGGUGCCAAAUGAUAACACACACGCUGGUUUCCUGCUCAGGCGACCGUCCCGAGCUGAGCGUUCUGUUGAUGACCCUAUUAGGGAGAUGGAUGACAUGCUUGUUGAUGAAUAUGGCAGUAAUACAACUAUUGAGUUCUCUGGAAUAUUAUCAUCAAAUGUCUUUGUAAAUGAUGAGGAUUUCCCUCGGAUUGAUGGGUCGUUGCCAGUUAUUUCACUGCGAGUUGGAAGGGGUGGGAUACAAGAAAGUGAAGAGAUUAUUGCUCCAAACUCUGUCGAGGAACACAUGACAGUACUAGAAAGUGCAACUAGUGAUGCUGUAAUGGAAGAUGCUUCAGUUUUACCAAGAAACAGUCAACAGAUAGAGGGAUCUGCCCUCAUUGAGCAUGAUUCUAAGCAGGAAGCAGGUUCAGAGGAGGCAUUGACUAAUCAGUACGAGCUUCCCCCUCUACCUGAGGGCCCUCCACCUCUUCCACUGGAUUCACUACCUCCCCAGCCUUUACCUGAGGGCCCUCCACCUCUUCCAUUGGAUUCACCGCCUCCCCCACCUCCUUUGCCCCCUUCACCGCCACCUGCUACACCACCUCCGCCGCCACCACCACUUUCACCAUCUUCACCACCUCCACCGCCACCCCUGCCAUCUGGGCCACCUCCGCAGCCUGCUCCACCACCUCCUCAUCCUUCAAUCCCGCCACCUGUUCUGUCAUCUCCAUCAUCACUGGGUUAUCAGCAUGCCAUGCCAGAAUAUUUUAGGCCUCCCAAUGGUAACCAACUAACAGGAAAUUCAUCAAUUCAAGGUGUUGGAAAUACACCAAACUUUAUGCCUGCUGGACCAGUGAAUGCACAAGCUCCAGUUAAUUAUGCCCCAUCAUUGCCACCGGAUUAUGGAAGCAACAAUAUCUUUCUGCCACAGCAAGCUUCUAAUGGUAAUUACCAGUUUCAGCCUGGUGUAUCUUUUCAUCAAGGGGCUUUCAGUGCUUUCCCGUCGGCACAAACACCACCAGUUCACCCCCACAAUCAUCACACACACAUGAACCCCAUGGGCCAACAAUCUGUACCACCUCCAUGCAAUUCUUAUGGUGUACAGCCCUUUCCAAAUAGUCAAAGCCAGUAUACAUCGGAAGAACAGUGGCGAAUGACAUCUGGUAACUUCAGUCCAGAUGACCAGCAUAAUACUUGGUUACCAGGUGGCAGAUCACUAUCUUGUUCAGAUGGGUCAUUCAUGCAGGAUGGAUAUCCGAGGUCGAACAUCGACAGAUCUUCAAUGAAUCAAAUGAGUCAUCAACAUGCUGUACUUAACCAUUUGCCGUCUGGAGCACCACAUCCAGCCAUGUUGUUCCUCACAUGCUGCCAGCCAAGCCUGAUAUUCAUGCACUUAAUUGCUGGAGGCCUUCUGGAUGAACCUGUAUAA